UCCCAAAGCACAGUGUCAGAUAUCUCUGUAGAACAUAGGAUUUUUUUUCAUCCCUAACAGUUCUGUUUUGUUUAGUUUUUAUAGGGCAGUAUGCAGGCAAAGUUUUGUAUUCAUUAAUAUAAUUUUUUAAUAAAAUGGGUAGAUGCGUGCGCGCACAGUUCUUGCGGACAACAAUCCCUGUUUGCUAAAGCCAAGUUGGUGAGUGCUCUGACAACAAAGAAGAGGGAAAGGACGUCUGUUUUCUCCUUCUGUGUUUUUCUGUGACUUCCUUUUUAGCAGGAAGGGGAAAUCAUGUGAUCAAAAGCUUUUCAUUUCAGUUCCCUACAUUAAUGGACGGAUGUACUCUUGGUACACAAGGAGACUAGAGUUUAGUGGGAUGGAAGCCUUAAAAUGCUGUUAAGAGCUCUAAGAAUUUGAGCACAUAAGUUUGCAACGCAUGUGCACUGUGCAGAGACUACGGAAGUGAAUGUAUGUUGGUGUUUUCGCUAGGGAGAUUUUCUGUACUGGGCUGUAACUCAAAGAGUUGGACAUGGUAGAGGUGCAUAGCUUUUGUAUUGGUUAAUGCUGCUGUUAUUGUUCUUGCCCUUGAUUCGUCAGUACCUUAAGAGCCUGUUUAUGUAAAAAAUAUGGACCCAGUGAUUCUAGGACAUAUAAAGAAAGUGUAUAUGUAAAAGCCUGGUUUGGGUAUUGUUGCUGCCUAAUAGUAAGUGGAAUAGGUUGAAGAUGACAGAAGAGUGUAAUGUAGUACCCUGUGAUUAUAUGCAUCUCACACUGACAUGUUUAACGGGGUAAACUAUGCGUUGGUGCAUGACAUGUGAGCCAUAACAUUAUGAGGUGGGUAUAAAGAAAGAGGGUACAUUCUCGCAAUGGCUGCACUUGGGCCACUUGGCAUUGGGCUGAGCAUCGUGUUCGGUGGCUUUGUGUUGGUGCUCCUAGGAGAGCUCUACUAUGUCUUCUUUUGGAAAAAGUAUGGUAUCCUUAGCAGAAGAGUAAGCCGAAUAGGUGCAGAGUACUGCUCAGAAAGGGGUGAUUUUGCCCAUGAAGCAGCUCUGGUUGGGUCAUUUGGGGGUUACUCUGAAUCCUCGGCAGAGGCGGAGUUUGUGGCAAAGCUAUUCCCCAUGGGACCAGAAGGUGGUGAUGACUAUGACAGUUUGUACAUGCAUAGUGUGUUCAGGAACCCAAAUUUUUUAUUCACAAUCAAGGAGGAGACGAAAGAAGAUAUGGAUUUUGAGGAGCCUGGUAAACACAAGGAUGUAGAGAGCAAUAAGAAUGCCUCAUUUCAUUCCGCUACCCAGCCACUGCAGUCUUCACCUUCAAAGAUGUCAUUAGAAUCAACGUCCCCAAAGCAACAGCAGCAGAAGCAAUGGCAACAUCAGCAGCAGCAGAAACAAUGGCAGCAUCAGCAGCCAAAACAACAAUGGCAACAUCAGCAGCAUUUAAAUCAGUUUCCUUACUCUAUUGGGCUAAUACAGCAGCCACAGCUUUUGAGGUCAAUGUCUACCAAGUGUGUCUCCCAUCACGGUCUUAUUGCACCAAUGCACCAUAAUAUGUUAAGGGCAUCCGCAGAUUCACCACAAACGUCACCGAGUCUUCCCUCUUCUCCUGCUCACCGUUCAUCUUCCUCUUCACCUUCCAGACCAAUUUCUGUUUCUGUAUCUCCUAGCUUUUGCUCUAGGUCUAGUUCUCCUAAGCAGCAAGCUUGUAGUAGCUCCGGGUCUAGUUCACCUAAUCAUAGUAGGUCUGGGCUUAGUUCACCUAAUGAACAUGCCUCUAUUAGGGUUGGGUCUCAUUCUCCUCAACUGGUCUCUGUCUCAAACCCCAUAUAUGAGGUUGAUAGUAAUGAAUUUUACUGCAAUGUCAACUCUAAUAAGUUCUCUGCACCCCCACAGCACGAUGGGUUAUCUGGAAGCAACCAGUCUAGCGGUCCCAGUAGCGACUCACUUGAAACUGAAACACCCUUUGGUACACCCAUUUCCUCCCCAUCUCUUCUUACUCCAUCCGAAACUCCUCCCGGCACGCCCCCGCUCACUCCAAUGAAGGCUCCAAAUGACCCCUCUGCAUUCCUUAAAAGUAUGGGUCAAUAUAGGUCUGGAAAAGCCAGUGCCUUGUCCUCAUCGAAGACUAGUCCUUCGUUCUCACCAUCAAACUGUAGCUCUCCAUCGCCAGAUAGCUCUAAGAAAAAACCCAGUUAUUGUCAUUUACAAAGACCUCCAAGAUCUCCUCCCACGGUGGCAGUACCUCAUCAUCUUGUUAGGCAGCCAACGUUAAUGGAGAGAAGAGCAUUUGUUUCCCUGUUCAAUCAGCCUGACCUUCAGACCCUUCCUCGAGAAUCCCCAUGCUGGAAAGUACUUACCCCAAACCCAAUGUUUUGCAAUGGAACAACAAGGCCAGGCUCAAAUAACAGCUCUAAUGCUACCAGUCCUUCUACACCUUUCAGUACAGCACCGUCUACACCCUACUUCACAUCCCCUAACCAGUGCCCAUUAACCGAUUCACAGAAAUUCACUCACUCUUCAAUGUGCAGUUGAGGAGUCAUUUUGUAAGGUUUAUUGUGAACCUCUGGAAAGAUGGAAGGAAAAAGAAAUAAACUUUUGUUGUAAUAUGUAGUUACUGCUAUCAGGAAUCAAAUUUGGAAAGAUUUGAAUGCUCUUCACAGUCUGUAUUACUUAUCAAUAUAAUAUAUUGUGUGAAUAUUUUUGUAUUUGCAAUCUUA